CAUGGCCACUGCAAUCGGUUGGUUGGAUAACGAGAAAAGCGGUAAAGAGAACCCUAUUGAUAGCCCAUUGCCUAACAUUACCGGAGAUGAAGCAAACAGCUCUUUUGGCUAUUCAAAAUGCAGAGAUAUAACAUUGCCAAAUUUGGUUUUGGCUUCGCAACUACUUAUGUCUUAUAUUCCAGCUAUGCUUGCUCUAUUUUUGAAUAUAGCAAUUAUAUAUACAUUAUACAAGUCUGAUAAAGCCAGAAAAUCUAUGACAGAAGAGGAAAGUAAACAAUCGAAAAGAUCGGCUAGAACAACAAAAUUAAUAUUAGUAGUAUCUUUUGCCUUUGUCAUUUUGGUCGGACCACCAAGAGUUUUUAUAGUUAUUGGAUUAAUAAUUGAUAAAUUUCCGAAUUCGGCCAAUUUUCGUAAAAUAUCAAUUGAUAUGAGAUUCGCAAGACAAUUUGGUUUUGUUAUAGGAAGGAAGAGGAAACAAACUACAAGCGAAUAUUUAAUGGCUGGAAGGGAUAUGAGCAUUUUACCGGUUGCUCUAUCUUUGCUGGCUUCUUUUAUGUCUGCAAUAACACUACUUGGAACUCCAGCCGAAAUUUACAAGUUCGGAACAAUUUAUUGGUGGAUUUGGAUAUCUUAUCUUCUCCUUAUUCCAGUUGCUGCGCAUGUUUACCUACCCGUUUUUUUUAGAUUAAGGGUAACAUCAGUUUUUGAAUACUUGGAAAUGAGAUUCAAUAAAGCAACAAGGCUUAUCGGAGCAAUUAUCUUUAGCGUUCAAAUGAUUCUUUACAUGGCGAUUGUUCUUUACGCUCCUUCGUUAGCCCUGAAUCAAGUAACCGGCUUGAAUACGUGGAUAUCCGUCUUUGCAGUGGGAGUCGUUUGUACCUUUUAUACAACAAUUGGUGGUAUGAAAGCCGUUAUGUGGACAGACUCUUUCCAAAUCAUUACAAUGUUUGCUGGACUAAUCGCAAUUCUUGUUAAAGGCUCUUUGGACUUUGGUGGUUUUGGCAAUAUAUGGAGAAUAAAUGAAGAAGGAGGUCGAGUUGAAUUUAAAGAUUUUGACCCUGAUCCAAUGAAACGUCACACAUUUUGGACUCUUUCGAUUGGUGGAAUGUUUACCUGGUUGGCAAUAUAUGGAGUUAACCAAUCGCAAGUCCAGAGGGCCCUAUGCGUACCAAAGUUACGCGAUGCUCAAAUAGCCCUAUGGCUUAAUUUACCAGGUUUAACAGCUUUAUUAACGGUAUGUGGACUUUGUGGAAUGGUAAUUUAUGCUCAGUAUGCUGAUUGCGAUCCCCUUACACUAGGAUUGGCUGAGAAAUCAGACCAGCUAGUACCUUUAUAUGUUAUGCAUAAAUUAGGAGAUUAUCCUGGAUUACCUGGUCUAUUUACAGCUUGUUUAUUUAGCGGGGCACUCAGUACAAUUUCCUCUGGAUUGAACUCACUUUCAGCAGUUCUCCUACAAGAUGUUCUGAGAGAAACCUGUCUUAAGGGAAUGACCGAAGGUAGAGCGACCUUAUACGCAAAACUUCUUGUCGUCCUGUAUGGAGCUCUUUGCAUUGGGUUGACAUUUGUCGCAGCUCAAUUGGGAGACGUUCUACAAGCGGCUUUAGGUUUAUUUGGUAUGUUGGGAGGCCCAGUUCUAGCCGUCUUUACCUGCGGCAUCAUUUACCCUUGCAUCAACAAGCACGGAGCUGUUUGUGGUUUAGUUACCUCAUUGGGAGUAACUUUAUGGUGCGGAAUAGGAGCGCAAAUUGAUAAGCCUUUAUCAAAAACCUUGCCUAUGAAUAUAUCCGGUUGCGAAUUGGAUUCAUCUUUAAAUAAUCAAACUCUAUAUACAACAGUUGUUUACGAAACCACAACAAACGCGUAUGUCAGUCCAACAAAAUCUCCAUACCAAAGACACGGUUUUAAUCAUUUUCAUGACUUAUCCUAUUUGUAUUACGGAGUUUUAGCUUCAAUAGUUUGUACUAUUGUUGCUUUGGUAGUGAGUUGGAUAACAGGUUCAACGAAGAGAGAAGACUUAGAUCCUAAGCUCAUUAUGCCCAUUACCGAUAUCUUUUGUUGUUUCUGCCCUUCAAAUACUCUGGCUUGGUGUAGGUGUUUCAUUCCACUCUAUAAACCAACACGUGAAGACUAUAUUGUAGAAAAACCUAAAGAAGAUUCCGCCCACGAAAUCAGUAAAAUAGACGACACAAUCGUUACGCUUCCCUCUACCGAUUCGAAGAAGAGUGGAAUGGAUAAUGGAGCGUAUGACAGUACCGAAUUGGAAGAAGUUGAAUUUUCGGCUAAACUAUGA